AUGGCAUCCACCAAGCCAAAAACAGGGCCUGCCAGCCACAUCGCCACACGGGAACAGUUACUGAAAGAAGAAGAGAUGUUAGAGAAAGCUCAAGAUUUUACUAAAUUGAUCCGAAGAUGGGAACGUGGCCAGGCUAUGUGCCUUCAGCUAGCAGCCCAGGAAGACAGGUGUUUUGAAAAGAGCAGAAAGAGACAGGGGGCAGAAAUUAAAGAAGAGCUACACUAUGCUAAUAAACAGCUGAUGACGGUUCGGCGAGCAGCCUUGCAUCGUCUCCUAACUUUUGAGCACCUACAGUACCAGUUGGAACUGAACCACUUGGGCAAGUCAUUCUAUGCAGAACGGCUGUGA